GGCCCUGCCCCUGCCGGCCGCUCAUCUGUGAACGUUCACAACGAAUCGCUACUAUCGCUAGUUUCGCUCGCGACCCCGUAUAUCCCGUAGCGCACAAGUUGGGAUUUGCAUUCUGCACUCGUUGCACCCGUACGGCGUACAUAUACUACAUGAGUCAGCUGCUAAGCCGUGUUGUUUUCGCCAACGGACGGUGGUCGACGUUCAGUUGUUUCCCACGAAGCUUUCACGUAUCAUCACGAAAAAUGGUUAUUGCCGUUGGUGACAAAUUACCCAGCGUGGAUCUUUUUGAGAACACGCCGGCAGACAAGGUGAAUCUAGCAGAGGCUGCAGCUCGGUCCAAGAGCAUCAUAGUGUUUGGUGUGCCAGGUGCAUUUACGCCCGGUUGUUCAAAGACUCAUUUGCCUGGUUAUGUUCAAAAGGCGGGUGAACUGAAGAGUAAGGGAAUUUCAGAGAUUUUCUGUGUCAGUGUUAAUGAUCCAUUUGUUAUGGCAGCCUGGGGAAAAGAACAUGGUGCAGCAGGGAAAGUACGAAUGUUAGCUGAUCCUAAAGCGGAGUUUACAGAUGCCAUUGAUCUUGGUAUGGAUUUACCGCCUUUAGGAGGCAAACGCAGCAAACGUUAUUCUAUGGUUAUUGAAGAUGGAAAAGUAAAGGAGAUCAAUAUGUCAACUGGACCUACACAUAAACAUCGUUAUAAAAACGUAGGAUUAGAUUCACAAGAACUGCGGAGACGCAGAGAAGAAGAGGGAGUCCAAUUAAGAAAGCAGAAACGUGAGCAGCAAUUAUCAAAACGUCGCAAUGUUCCUAACAUUGUUGCGGAUGAAGAUAAUGUUACAGCUACAGACGAAUAUUCACUUCCUACAGCACAAUCGCAGUCUCCUGGUAUUAUAACAUCUGAAAUGGUAGAUGCAUUGUAUAGUCCUAACAUACAAGAUCAAUUGGCAGCAACACAGAAAUUUAGAAAAUUAUUAUCAAGAGAGCCAAAUCCUCCUAUAGAUGAAGUGAUACAAACAGGGAUUGUACCACAAUUUGUUGAAUUUCUUAAAAAUAAUACAAAUUGCACUUUACAGUUCGAAGCAGCAUGGGCUUUGACAAACAUAGCAAGCGGUACAUCUCAACAAACGCGCAUUGUGAUAGAUGCAGGAGCUGUCCCUACUUUCAUUUCUUUACUUGCUUCCGAGUAUGAAGAUGUGCAGGAACAAGCUGUUUGGGCAUUGGGUAAUAUUGCGGGAGAUAGUCCCGAAUGCAGAGAUCAUGUCUUAGCCAACGGUAUCCUCACACCGCUUCUACAACUGCUAUCAAAGGCGACACGACUUUCCAUGACCCGCAAUGCGGUAUGGGCAUUAUCAAAUCUCUGUCGAGGAAAAAAUCCAGCACCGGCUUUUCCAAAGGUUGCACCAUGUUUACCAGUGUUAGCACAUCUUCUUAAUCAUACUGACUUUGAUGUACUCGCUGAUGCUUGUUGGGCUCUUUCUUAUUUGAGCGAUGGUCCAAAUGAUAAGAUACAAGCUGUUAUUGAUGCUGGCGUUUGCAGACGUCUCGUAGAACUUCUCAUGCAUGAACAAAAUAACGUUAUAAGCGCGGCUCUUCGUGCUGUAGGUAACAUAGUUACUGGAGAUGAUGUGCAAACGCAAGUUGUAUUAAAUUGCUCGGCAUUACCGUGUCUAUUACAUCUCUUAAGUUCGCCACGGGAAAGUGUUCGUAAAGAGGCUUGCUGGACAGUCUCUAAUAUCACUGCCGGAAAUCCCCAACAAAUACAAGCGGUGAUUGAUGCUAAUAUCUUCCCGGUUUUAAUCGAGAUUUUGAGUAAAGCUGAAUUCAAAACACGCAAAGAAGCUGCAUGGGCAAUUACAAAUGCUACUAGUGGCGGAACGGCCGACCAAAUUCGAUACCUCGCAAUGCAAGGAUGUAUUCCGCCACUCUGUGACUUGCUUACUGUUAUGGAUGUCAAGAUCGUUCAGGUCGCUUUGAACGGAAUAGAGAAUAUUUUACGUCUGGGAGAACAAGAUGCAACCAUGCAUAAUGGUCUCAAUCCUUAUGCAGUUCUUAUUGAAGAAUGUUAUGGCCUAGACAAAAUAGAAUUCUUGCAAUCUCAUCAAAAUAUGGAUAUUUAUCAAAAGGCCUUCGAUAUUAUUGAACGAUUCUUUGGGUCUGAGGAAGAAGAUACCAGACUUGUACCUUCAAUCGAUUCGCAAGGACAAGAAUACCAGUUCACCGCACCAGAUUCUUCCCAACUACCAGUGCAAGGCUUUGAAUUCUAAUGAACUAUCUUUCUUGAUAUAACUGUUUCAUUUAAUAUUAACGUUAUUCGUUCCGCAGAAAUUUACAAUAUUUUGAAAAUCGGUACGUCAAUAGUAAACAUGAUUUUACAUAUUCAUUCAUAUGAGCUGAUGAGUUUAUUUAUGUCAAAACUAAUACACUACACAGUGAUCGAAAUCUAUUCACCGAGAAUUAAAAACAGUAAAAAAAUCUUCGUGCACUUUCAAUUUUUUUUUCCAUUUAAGAGAACCAUAACUCACUAUAUGAUCUGAGAUGAUUUAUGUUUUCGAACCUACGUCAAAUUGUGACAAUGUCUGCGUUAGAGCCUUGAAACAAUUUGUGUAGGAACACAGACUCAUAUCUGCAUAUAUUUAGUAUGAGACGUUCAGUUUUUAAAACAUAAACGUCUUAGUGUUUAAGUAGAAGUGGAGACAACAUCAGAACAAUUUGUCGAGGCAGACUCAUACCUCGUCCGACAUGUGACUGACGCAGAAUUACGAAAAAAAAAACUUGCAUUACCCUGCAAGAUACUAACUGAAUGACUGAAGUACGCGACUAUGUAGCCAACACGGACAACAUUACGCAACGCGGUACUCACCUCCUUACUAUACUAGAUAGAAACAUGACCAAUUAAACUUUUUUACUGUAAAUACGUAUCUCGUAAUUUUAAGGCUAUUCUAUACAGAGUGCCCUUAAGAAGCGAAGCAAUAGUCAUAUCUGGCCGUCAACGCAACAUUGCAACAGUUUGCAAGAAUUGGUUGAAGUAUUUGGUGUAAUUUGUGAUAGGCAUGAUUUGUACUGAGAUACGUACAAAACAUGUUUUGGUUUUCUUAUGUUAAGUAAUCGUGCGGAAUGCUGACUCCAGUUAUUAUAUCUAUACUUUUGUUAAUCCAGCAUCACGCGAUCAAUUAUUAGUUGUUCUUAAUUAUAAACAUAUAUUUGCAGAUGUAUUAAAUAAAUAAUUUUUAUCUUAUGUUUUAUAAUUGAAUUUUUAAACUAUCGCAGAUGCGAUAUUUUUCAACCCUUUAUUUGCAUGUGAUGAAAACGAAUAGUAAUGAAAUUGUACAGCACAAAAUUAGAUUUUGGACAUUCUGUAUGAAAAGUCUAUGACUGUAUAUAUGAAAUGUAUUUAUUAUUUAGGUUUGACGAUACCAUACUAUAUUAUACACAAACCUUAUAUAUAUACUAUCUACUUUUAGUUACCGAUUUGAAUCGUUAUGACGGAGAACGACUGUACUACAGCUCACUAGUUGAAACUUUGCUAACAUGUCACUAGCAAAGUAUGCAGCUAUGGAUACUUGUUGCCAAUUUAUAAAAUGCUUACCAAAUAGUAAUACAUAAAAGAGUAAUACAUAGAAAAGAGGACUUGCCAUUAUGUUGUGCACGUUAUUUCUAAAUAAAACUUGGGAUAAAUGUG